CAGACCUCUCCCCCUUGUGUGUGACGUGAGCGCUGCUGACCCUGCAAGAAGCCUUUUUCAUGGCAGAUAUUUUGACACAAGUCUUUUCAGAAAGGAACAUCCUCAGUUGACAGCGGAGUGGAAAAGAGGGAGGGGGAAGAUAAAGAUCCCCUCAAGCCACUCUUUCUUCCCCAGCAGUAAAUUCUUUCAUGGUGACUGAGGAGCUCGCAGCCAGGGGCCCUCACUUGUCCAAAGGAGGAGGGACACAUGAACACUUUCUGAGGCUCGUUCACCCCAGUACUUGACAAGAGUUGGACAGACCAAAAGGUAAUCCUCUCCCAAGUCCCUCAGUCUUUUGCCAGGAUGAACAACAGAGAUCGCUGGAGGGUGUACAAGAGGGUGAGUGUCAUGUUCUUCCUGGCUGGUGUGGCGCUGACUGUUUUCCAGAGAGGGAGCAUCAAUAUGGGGGCUCCCUUUGAACUCGACAGGCAGGCUCGCAUCGAUGCCUCUGAGCGAGUGGAGCCCGGCGCCGCUCUGGGAGACAAAACGGACUUGUUCCUGGGGGUAAAAAACUUCUGGCAGGCUAGCAAACGCCAGCCGGUGCCUAAAGCUCGGGCCACCACGCAGGAGCCCAGGAUCGCUGAGGACAGCAGCCCCAGAACCUGGGAUGUAACCAGCUCCAACUGUAGCGCCAACCUCAACCUUUCAAGUCAGGACUGGUACAGGGGCCUGGAGGACAAUUUCAAGCAGUUCAUGCUUUAUCGACACUGCCGUUACUUUCCCAUGCUCCUCAACCACCCCGAGAAGUGCACUGGGGACGUGUAUUUGCUCAUGGUAAUAAAAUCUGUAGCCACCCAGCAUGACCGAAGAGAGGUCAUCCGAAAAACCUGGGGCAAAGAGCAGGUGGUUGACGGCAAGAGGAUAAAGACCCUCUUCCUUAUUGGUAAACCUUCUAAUGUGGCAGAGAGGGCGAACCACCAGAAGCUAGUGGAGUACGAGGACUACAUCUACAGGGAUAUCCUCCAGUGGGACUUCCUGGAUAGCUUCUUCAAUCUCACGCUUAAAGAGACCCACUUCCUCAAGUGGUUCCACACUUACUGCCCCAGUGUACGCUACGUCUUCAAGGGGGACGAUGACGUCUUUGUCAGCGUGGAGAACAUAUUUGAGUUUCUAGAGAGCAGCAGCAAUGCAAAGAACCUGUUUGUGGGGGACGUGAUUUUCAAGGCUAGGCCCAUUCGUAAAAAGGAAAACAAAUACUACAUCCCCAUGGCUCUGUAUGAUAAGACACACUACCCUCCAUAUGCAGGCGGAGGGGGUUUUCUGAUGGACGGGAACCUAGCGAGGCGGCUUCACUGGGUGGCAGACACCCUGGAGCUCUACCCCAUCGAUGAUGUCUUCUUGGGCAUGUGUCUGGAGGUGCUUCAGGUCACUCCUAUAAAACACAACGCCUUUAAGACGUUCGGCUUGGUGAAAAAUAAGAGCAGUAAGUUGAACAGAGAACCUUGUUUUUUUAAGAGCAUGAUUGUGGUGCACAAGCUGCUCCCGUCGGACCUCAUGCACAUGUGGAAUUUGGUCAACAGUGACCUGGUCUGCUCGCAGAAAGUGACGAUCCUAUAGCUUGAUGGGAACACCAGGUUAGGACAGCAUCCACAAGCUGUCCCUUGGUGGAUGCUAGCAUGACGCAUGAGAGUUCCGGUAAACUCGCCUUCUGUGUCGAGAGGGACUAUGGACAAUGUUUGAAUUUGCUGUUUCUGUGCAGUAGUGCAAUUUUUGGAGGGGUUUCCUCAAAAGUCAAGUAAAUUAUACAGAGUUUUAAAAAGGUUUUAGAUUUGUGUAUUUAUAUUGGCAUUUUUGAAGGACUCACACUGUCAGCACACACAUUUCAGAGACAACAACCAAAGUUGAGCUGCUGCAUCGCCGGGCACGCUGAGGAGGAGAGUUAUGGCGUUUUUGCAUUACAUGGUACCUGCUCGACUCGCCUCGACACGACUCGGCGCAUCGUGCGUCCCUUUU